UAACCAACAAUAGGCAUGCACUGGUGUGUGACAUCAACGGAUGUGUGCUAUCAUAUCCGGAAUGUAAAGUCUGUACUAAACAUUGUCUCCUCCUCAUUUCUCAUCUUGCAAGCAGCCAGUUUGGUACAUGUUUUCAUUGAUAAAGACACCGGGAAAAUGAUCGAGUUCGUGAGAGUUUGGUAAAUAAAUAACUAUACAGCAACUUGUCAUGGACGCCAUGUUCAACAUAAGGUCAGGGAGUUCUAUCUUUGUGACGUUUGCCAUCCUCGCUUUUCUUGCCUUUGGAUGCAAGUUCCAAGUGGUUGCCCUAGACACUGAGCGCCCCGUCAUCACAUGCCCAUCCGAUGAGACGAUCGAGACGGAUCCUAACCAGAACUUCGCAACAUUAACCCUCCCCAACGCAGCCUCUGCAUCCGACAACAGCGGAUAUUUCGAAAUCACCAUUGACGUAGAUGGUUCUACGCACCGUGUUAAUGACACUGUCAGUUUGAGCAUUGCAAACUCUCCACACGUAUUGCUAUACACUGCGAGUGAUGUGAUCAACAACGUUGCAUCGUGCCGCACGCAAAUCACCGUUCGUGACACUCAGCUGCCGGUCAUCAUCUGCCCACCCUAUCAGACCAUCGAGACAGAUCCAAACCAGAACUUUACUACGGUUACCCUACCUGAUGUAACCUUCGCUUCUGACAACAGUGGAUGGUUUGACAUCGCCAUUUACGUGGAUGGUUGGUACAGUGUUAAUGACUCUGUCAGUUUGAGCACUGCCAACUCCCGACACGUAUUGCAAUAUGUUGCAAGAGAUGCUGGCAACAACGUCGCACAAUGCCUCAUGCAAAUCACUUAUAAGGAUACUCAGCCGCCAGAGAUUUCCUGCCCAUCCAAUCAGACGAUUCAGACAGAUCCAAAGCAAAACUUCGCAACAUUUAUCUUACUCGACGCAGCCUCUGCAUCCGAUAACAGCGGAUGGUUUGAAAUAGUCAUUGACAUAGCUGGAUCUUCGUAUGAGUAUCAUGUCAACGACAGAGUCAGGUUCGAUACUGAGCAGUCCCUCUAUGUAAUGCAGUACACUGCGAAAGAUGCCAGCAACAACAUUGCCACCUGCAUCACGCAAAUCACUGUCAUAGAUCUGACCCCACCUACUUUCACCACCGGUUGCCCGGGCGACAUUUAUCGUCUAGUGGACCUCAACAUAGAAUCAGUCCCCGUGGCGUGGCCUGUCGUGACAGCAUUAGAUCCGAACUCGCCGUUGCUAUGGAACGCCAGCCAUCACCCUGGUGACAUGUUUCCCGUUGGUAAUGUUACCAUGGUAACCUACACAGUCGCAGACCAAGACGGUAACGUUGCGUCUUGUAACUUCACGGUUGCAGUGACAGGGGUUGAACUUCGCUGUCCGGCCGAUAUCACAGCUGCCACUGAUCCGGGAAGUAACGACACUUCUGUUUCGUGGGCAAAACCCCGAGUGAUCUUCAGUUCACCUCAGGGGCAGGGUACCAGUGGGAUGCAUUUUGAUCAAUUGUCAUCAGGAGACCACUUGAUUGCCAGUGGUAGUGGUGGCAUAUACUCCCGUGAUGAUGGAGGGACAGCAAUUCUGUUGCUUUCGGACAACUAUCCUGGGGAGUCCUUCGGUAUCGGAUCGACUCCCGUUUUCUACCAGGUAGAGGGCACAAAGAUCGAAUGCGAUUUCCUCGUCACUGUCGAAGAUAACGAGCCUCCUACGCUUGACGACUGUCCAGCUGACGUCAUCAUCCCUGUCAGCUCAUCGGCCAAUCAGGUGCAUCACAGGUGGACUCCUCCAAUGGUCUCUGACAACUCUGGUCGUCAAGUGGAUGUGACGUUCAGUUGCUUAGCAGCCACAGCCAGUGACUGCGACCAAGCUGGAAAUGGAACGUUUUCAGUCGGAGUUUCCACAAUUACGUACAGAGCUGAAGAUGCGUCUGGGAAUGAGAACGCUUGCACGUUUACUGUGACGGUUACAGUUGUGGAACUCGUCUGCCCAGCAAAUGUCUCAGCAUUAGCAAGUCCUGGCUGGACCAGUACCAGUGUGAGCUGGUCGGAUUCGGAUCUAACUGGAUGGGACGGACCAACAAACUUCACCUCAAGCUAUAAUCCUGGUGUUGAAUUGUUGAUAGGAACUCACCGAGUAGACUAUCAGCAAUGGUUUGCAGCAUACAACCUGCUCUUGGAAUGUUCUUUCUUUGUUGUGGUACAAGGUCAGUGCCCAACCAACACAACCAGUGACGGUCUGAGAUGGCCUGUAGCAGUAGCUGGAUCCACUGCCAAGUCUGUACAGCGAUGUUCACUGACCACUGCAAAUGCUGGUCAACCCAUAGCUGUCCGGAACUGUUCAAAGUUUGAGCCGCCUCUGUACUUCCGAUGGGACGAACAGGAGACUCGUGAAUGCGGGGAAGUCCAGGAGGAAGUCUCUCUCAAAGACGUGGUGAAGGUUGAGGUUAGCAAAGGCAACGCAAUCGAAGUGGCCGAGUUUCUUGCCAAUCAGACGUCAGAGUCAUCUAAGGAGGCUGAAGAUGUUGAGGUGGUUGCCAAUAUUUUGAAGAACAUCGCAAAAGCAGAAUCGGGGGACACGGAGGUGACAGAACUAGUGCUAGAGACUGUCAGCAAUGUCAUCAUGAGUGUUGGGCCUGAAACCUCUGAUGACUCAGAGCCCACUACAAUAGAGGCUAGUACCUCCUCAGCCAUCGUUAAAUCCGUGGAGACUCAAAUCUCCCUGACACUUCAGCAAGAGGGUAAAGUUAGUAUACGUCAGGACUCUAUUCACGUGGAGGCGGUCAGUCUUGACCCAAACCAGGCAAGGAAUGGACUCAGCUUCGUGUCCGUGAAACAUUCCAAUGUCACGCAUCCUGCACAAGGGUCACCGCAAGAGGGCACCCUUGCUGGUACCAAGGUCGAGACUUUGAACUCCAGUGUGAUACCGAAGGAUCUCGAUGUCUUGGCAUCGGCUCGGUUGCCUGACAACAUCAUCGACUUGCUACAGUCCCCUUAUGAUAACAGCUCUGCCAAGCUACAAGCCAGUUUCCUGAUCUACGCUGAUGACACGUUGUUUCAGUCUGCUUCAAUCAGAGAGUAUCGAGGGGAGGGUAACUCGACUCGUAAGGUCGCUGGAUCUGUCGUCUCACUGACUGUGGAGAAUGUUAAACUUGUCAACCUCACUGAACCAGUCGUGAUUCAAUUCAAGCGAUCUUUCAAUCUCGCUAAUCAGGAGGAAUCAAGCGAAGUCUACUGCGUGUCCUGGGACUUUGAGCUGGAAGAUGGAGUCGGAGAUUGGACAACAGAUGGAUGCGCGCUUACUGAAGUGACCAAUAAGACAGUCGCGUGUAAUUGCUCUCAUGCCACCAAUUUCGCAAUCCUAGUGGACGUGAAGGGCCAAGCACCUGAUGAUAAAGAUGACACUCCUGCUAAGCGAGCGCUUGAUAUCAUCAGCCAGGUUGGCGCUGCACUGUCAAUCAUAGCUCUUGCUAUCACGCUGAUCAUAUACUUAGCCAUUAGGAAACUGCGGAGCGGCAAAUCUCGUCAGAUCUUUAUCCACUUCUGCUUCUCUUUGUUCAUGUUGUACAUCGUGUUUCUUGCUGGUGUUGACAAUGCUAAGGGCUCUGGAGGCAGUUGUGUGUUUGUGGCUGCUUUACUCCACUACUUGACUCUGUCCACCAUGAUGUGGAUGGCUGUUGAAGCCAGGAACAUGUACGUCAGUACGGUGAAGGUGUUCCCAGAAGACACGCCUCGAUAUAUGCUCAAGGCUUGCCUCAUCGCUUGGGGUACACCAUUAAUUGUGUUGAUAAUCACAUUGGCUGCAGCAUCACAUCACUAUGCCAACGAGCAUUAUUGCUUCCUUGAACCUGGUCUUGUGCUGUACCUCGGCCUCCUUGUUCCAAUUGGUCUGAUCCUCAUCCACAACAUCAUUACAUUCAUCUUGGUCAUGCGCAGUCUCCUGAAGGUCAAAGAGGCAUCUCGCUCACAGCAGAUCUCUAAACGCCUCCAGAAUGCCGUGGGAAUCUCCGCCCUCAUGGGACUGACCUGGUGUUUUGGGUUCCUUGCCAUCAACGAGGCGGCAUUUGCAUUUCAGCUCAUCUUCUGUCUGGCCAACUCUUUGCAGGGUGUGAUUGUGUUCGUUAUGUUCUGCGCUCGACGUGAGGAGGUCCGCACCACCCUGGCGCCCUACAUGAAGCGCAUCUGCUGCGGCCAUGAGUGCCGCUUGCCAACAUUGCAUCCUGGAAAGUCUAACGAGUCGGAAAUGAUGUCCGCAACGGCUCACACUUUGCCGUCAUCCGGGAAGACUGCGGAAAUGGAGAUCUCUGUGACAUCACCGCAAUAGGAAGACUACGUUGCAAUUGUUAGGUACCGUGACCAUUCAGCUCUGAUAUGAAAAGCCCCCCCCCCCCCCACCUCGUCCGGUCCAGAGCCAGUCCGGUCUUUAGCCCAGUAUCGUCUGGUACAUAUGCCUGUCUCACCAGAAGUCCACAGCAGCACAAAAGAAGACUUAUCGACUUGUGGCAAGAGAUUGAAGGUUUGUGACAAGAGAUUCAGGGCUUGUGAUGGGGCUCUUUUUUUCGCUCUGCAGAUAAAAUCCUUCCAAAUCCGUUGGUAAUUUAGGGUUCCAUUGAGUGAGAAACCGCAUGGCAGCGGUUUUGGUCAGUGCCGACGAAGGUUUUCUAUUGUUUCUAUUGUUGAGGGAUGAAACCACGAGCGGGUUUCGUCUUACCCCAGGUUGGAAGAGUUUCUGAUCAGCCACCGGACCCGGUAGCUGAGCCGGUACGAAGGAUUUUUGU